UUAAACAUGGCGUCGCAAGGAGACAAUGGCGCUACUGCCAAGCAUGAAACAGAUCAGAGUUCACCAGUUGAUACUGUAAAAAAUGAAGAUCCAGAACUAGACGCCAUAUUAGACAGUGCUCUGGCUGAUUUUGAUAAGAAACCAGAAAAUCCACCAGUUCUCACAGGAGCAGAAGGUGUGUCUGCAUCAAAGCAGCCACCAGGAGCUAAACCUGCUGUGCAUCCUGAAGAUGGGCUGCCAGAAGACAUGAAUUAUGACUUUUUGGCUGAUGCUAUGGAGAAACAGUUUGAAAAUACUUUCAGUGCAUUAUUGAAUGAUCCGAAGUUAAAAAAACAGUUUGAAGAGUUGGCAGACUCUGCUGAAAAAGCUGCGGCUACCAACAAUGCCUCUGCCUUUGCAGAAACAGUGGAGAAAGCCCUGAGUGGUCUUAAUAUGAAUGCUGAAAGUAUACAGGGAGACCCAAACCAGCAGGAAUUGUGGGAACAAUUGGCAGAAACAUUGGGCGCUGAGGCAGGAGAGGAAGGCGGUCUAGGGGAUGAGGCCUUGGGUGGGAUGGGUGGAAUGUUCCAGAGUAUGGUCAGACAACUUCUGUCUAAAGAGUUAUUGUACCAGCCUCUGAAAGAAGUUUCACAAAAGUAUGAGAGCUACCUGGAGGAGAAACAGCAUACAUUGGAACCUGAGAAGUUGAUGACGUACCGCAAGCAGCAGGAGAUUAUUGAGAAUGUAGUCAAACACUUAGAGGACGACUCAGACGAUCACACCCAGGAGGAGAAGAAUGCACGCUUUGAGGUUUUGCUGGAUUUGUUACAAAGGAUGCAUGAGCUUGGUAACCCACCACAGGAAGUUGUUGGGGAGGGGAAUAUGAUGAUGCCUAAUUUUGCUGAAAUGGGUCAGCUGCCGAACCUAAGUGGCUUGGGUAGUGCUCCAGACCCAUCUCAGUGUUCAGUCAUGUGACCCCUAGUCUGGUCCACAGUGUGAGUGAACUCAAUCAAAAUCCAAGAGAAGAGGCUUGUCUUUCUAUUUUUUACAUUGAUGACGUGCUUUAUACAUUUCUGACAGCAAUAUAGGCCUACUUUUUUUAAUGCUGGAGAGCAUUUUUGAUGUUUGGGUUGGGGGGAGGGGGGUAGUGGUUGUUUGUGCUGGUAACAGUAUGCUACUGCAAGCAAGAUGUGCAGUUUAUUUAACGGGGAGCAAAUAUUAAAACUACUGUAAUUAUGCUUCAUCUCUUGCCAAUAUACAAUUUAAAUCUAGCAAGAUCAACACGGAUAUUUUAUCUGGUUUAAGUCAUAAUAAAACUUAAUGGGGUUGUGUUGAUUGCUUUAUAAUAUAUAGGUAGGUUAAACGAAACAGCCUGUGGUAAUUUAGGUUAACAUGUUCUAUUGUCUGUGAAAAAAAUAAACCAUGCGGCCACUGUUAUUGAAAAACAAUUAAUUAUUUAAGUACCUUCUAGAUACAGAUCUAGGUCAGUUUUGGUUUUUGCAUGAUUUGGUUUUAAAUUGUUGUUUUCCUCCUGAGUAGGUAGAACUGGUGCAAGGUUUUUGUGUGCAUUGAUUUACAUUAAUUAGAUGCUGUACAUUUUGAUACUUGAUAUAAGUAGAAUGGUGACAGAUUGGUAUUAUUAAUUAGUUGUAAAUUAGUUUUUAAAAAAGAAUAAUUUGCGUGGUUUAUGUGAAACCAUUUUUACAGUAAUUGUAUGUAGAUAGUUUCUGAUCAUUUCAUUUCAAGAAAUUGAUCAGGUCACUACACUGUUGUUAUUUUAAUACAGAGCUUUCAAUUUUGUGAAGUGUUCUUAAAGGACAUUUUUAUGUUGGCAGGGUGUGUUUGGGAUGAGUUCUGUUAGUGUCAGUGUGUGAUAUUUGUAUUACACUGACCAAAAUUGUGCUGUUGGUGAAUUGAGAAAAAGAUAUUUUUGUGAAUGGUAGUUCGCCUGCAGUUAUUUUUGUGAAUGGUAGAUUGCCUGCAGUUAUUUUUUUCCAAUAUAUUUUAAAAAAUCAAACUAUUUUAAUCUAAAAAUGAAUGUAUUGGCUAUGAAUGUAAGGGGCAUUGGUUGUUUUUUUUUCUAAGUAAAAAUAUUUCUAAGAAUAAAAUACAUGAAAUCAAAUGACAUAUAUGACUGUUCAGUUGUUUGGGUAUAACUUAUUUAAAAUAAAAAUUCAAAAACAAAGUCA